AUGAACAUUAAUGCAAUGAAAGGCACAGGCAGUUUGGAAGAUCCCUACCUUAUUGAAAAUAAAGAAGAUUUCAAAACGUAUUUUAGUGCAAAAUCAAUUGAUAGUCACGCAAAACUGAUGAACGACAUCGUGCUGAACGAAAAUGUUCUUGACGAAAAUUAUCAGCUUAACGAAGGGACCUACGAGCAAUGGAACAGCCAAUGUGAGCUUCAUGCCACAUUCGACGGCCAAAACCACAGUGUUUCAGGACUGUACAUGUACACCAACAGCACCAGCAAUUACUCUAAAAAUCACUAUUGGGGACUUUUUACCGAAAUUGCAGAAGAUGGUACAGUAAAGAACCUAACCCUUAAAGACACUUAUUUGAAUUGUGCAGACACAGACCCUAGCAGAAAUCAUAUAGGAGGCAUCUGUGCCCAUAACAGCGGUACUAUUGAGAACUGCCAUUUCGAUGGCUACAUUUUCGACAAGUAUAUAGAUGAAUUUGACACCAACGACAGAAGUUAUGUAGGUGGUAUUUGUGCGAAAAUGACAGGCGGUUCCAUUUCAGGCUGUUCAGCCAAAGGCUCAUUAAAUGGCUUGAACCGUACGGGCGGUAUUAUCGGUUUUUAUGAAGGAACAGCCCCAAUAACCAAUUGUACGAAUUACGCCCACAUAUACGGCAAAAGGGAGGCCGGUGGUAUUGUAGGAGCAACCGACAUGUCCAAUGAAGUAAAUAUCAACCAAUGUGACAACCAUGGUGUUGUGGAAUCUGACCACAAUGCAGGUGGCGUUGUGGCAUGGGCAAAAGCUAGUGUUUCAAAUUGCAAGAACCUAGGAACGGUAAGAGGGCAAGACUAUACAGGCGGUAUUGCUGGCUAUAUAUACAAUGCUAUCGACAACUGCGUAAACGAAGGCAUCAGCAAAGACAUCACUAAAUGCCACAAUGAAGGUAUUGUAACUGGCGAGGAUAACAUUGGCGGUGUGGCCUAUUCUACCGAACAAAUUUCCGACUGUUACAACAUCGGUACCGUAAAAGCCACAGGAGGCAAUAUAGCAGGCGUUUGUGCGAAUGUAAGCUCUUCCACGAUCAAUGCUCAAAUAAUCCAUUGUUAUAACAACGGAACGGUAUCGGGAAAUAACCAUGUUGCGGGUAUUGUAGGUACUGCAUCUGGCACCGUAACCCAAUGUUUCAAUACCGGAGACAUUACAGCUACAGACAAUAACGCGGCUGGUAUUAUUGCAGGUAAUGUUAGUUUAAAAAUCUCCUUUUGUUACAACACAGGUACAAUUACAGGAGCUAGCAAUGUUUGUGGUUUAAAUGCUGCUGGCGGAGCCUAUAAAUGUUAUAAUUUGGGACAGGUCAUCGGUGAGGAAAACGUAAGACCGAUUGCUCCAGACAACACUAUGCAAAUGAAUUCAAGUAACUGCUACUAUAACAAGGAGAAGUGCAUACUUGAAAAGGAUUAUGCAGGAGCAUUAACUACAGAACAAAUCCUCGACAUACAGCACCUGAUGCCACUGCUCGACACCGAUGUCUGGUACAUGUACGAAGACCAAGAAGACAAAGCCUACUAUCCGAACCUUCGUUACUACAAGGGAAUAAUUGACGGUCCUGUUGAAAAAGACAUCACUUUCGACGAGAACGGAUUCUGUAAAGAAUAUAAGUUCAUCUACCAGCCCGCGCCAAUUACAGAAGACGGUGUAGUGGAGAUUUCAAACGGAGGCCAACUUAUGUGGUACAUGGAGAAGGUCAAUUUCGACGAACAAAAAUCACUAAGUGCCGUAUUGCUAGAAGAUGUCACCAUCAACGCCGAUAUGGACCAGUUUGAUUUUGAAAAAAUCGUCGACACGACCUAUGCUAUUACUAAAGUUUUUUACCGUUGGGUUCCCCUUGGCACCAUAAAGAAUGGGUUGGAAUGGAACCACUUUAGUGGCACAUUCGACGGGCAAGACCACACCAUUAACGGACUCAUCUGCAAUGGUCUGUAUCUACAACAAGGAAAAUUCAUACCAGGUAUACACUACCCAGAAAUUGGAUUCGUUGGCUAUUUGGAAGAAGAUGGCGUCAUAAAGAAUUUAAAAAUCAACAACUCCUAUUUUCAAGGUAAUGAAAAAGAGCAACACCAACCUAUAGGAGCACUUUGUGCAGAAAAUCACGGACUCAUAUCAAGAUGUAGUGUAGAUAACACACGCAUAGCCUCGGGGAACCUGUUGGGAGGUAUCUGUAGUCAGAACUACGGGACCAUUAAAAACAGCGGAACUAAUAAAGGAUGUUUUAUACACGACAUCGAUGGCAUUCUAGCCUUAGCAGAAAUUGGUGGUUUAGUACACACAAAUCACGGUACUGGUAUUCUUUCUGAAUGUAAUUCAAACGGGGUAAUCAACUCCAAGAACGGCGUAGGUGGUAUUGUUUACGACAAUUACGGGUUACUAAGCUAUUGCAAGAAUUUUGCAGAAAUCAACGCCACAUCAAACGUUGGAGGUAUCUGUUGCAAUAACAAUGUGACCUACGAAGGAACAAUCGGCAAACUGAACCAUUGCGUGAAUUUUUCAAGUAAGCUAGCAAGCGAAAGAUACAGUGUAGCGGGAGUCUGCUGCUUCAACAAAAAUUACAACGACAUUUAUGCAGAAAUCGGCAACUGCAACAAUCUUGGAUUUAUAGAAGGAAAAGAAAUUGCAGGUAUCUGUUGGGAAAACAACGGAAUGGUUAAAGGCUGUUUGAACUACGGAGACCUAACUUCAACAGAAGGUCCUGUUGGCGGUAUUGUUUCUAAUAACUACAGAACCGUAAAAACAUCGUUGAACCAUGGCAACAUUACCAGUAAGAAAGACUAUGUUGGUGGAAUUGUAGGCAAAUGCAAUUCAUUUUUCAACGAUAUCAACAUUUCACUAUGUGUGAACAACGGCGUAAUUAUUGGUAACAAGAACGUUGGUGGCAUUGUAGGUUUUGGCGAUUACGUUAAGGAGACUGAAAAAGGCUCCAAUGUGAACAACUGCAUCAACACCAGCACAAUAGCAGGUAACGAUAAUGUAGGCGGCAUUUGCGGAAACAGUUUCAUAACAGAAAAAUGCUUCGCUUAUGGUCCUGUUAAAGGUCUGGGAACAUUUGUAGGAUGCAUCAUCGGUCAUAGUUACGCAAAUGGUUUCUUACGCCACUGCUAUGUCAACCUAGACUCUUGCAUAACCAAAUUAGACGUCAUUAUUAAUCCAAACAACCCAAUUAUCGACCUUCCUGGUGUAUACGACAUUACCUAUGUAAAAUCGUCUGACGCACAAGGUUCAGGAGUGAAGAGCAGUAUGGGGAAUCUUGAUUUUGACAACACAUGGGUUGCAGCAGAAAACGGCUACCCUACGCUUAAAGCAUUUAAAAAUCUAGAGGAUGGUGGCUUUAUUGAAGAUGUUGAUAAAUCAGAAUCAGAUGCAGAUCCUGUAAUUGAGAACGAUGGCGUACUCAUCUAUACAAACGAGGGUACAGCCUACGUCAUUUCUCCAUCAGCAUUCAGUGCUUAUCUUUACAACAUAAAUGGUUUAAUCCUUAAAGAAGUAACCAUUACUGAAGGAGUCAAUUCAAUUAGCGGUCUUCAUAGAGGGGUGUACUUCUUGGGCAACCGGAAGUUCAUUAUUAAAUAA